AUGCGGCCGGAUUGUACCGGACGCGAUCACGAAGGCUAUAUACGCUGGUUCGAGACAGUCGCCGAGGAAGAGGACUGUGCCAGCUCUGGUCAGCUGGCACGGGCGGCCAAGGAUAAGAUAGUGGAAGCUCUCUCUGCUCGCUAUCCCACGCUUCUACUGGUUAAGAUGCAGCGAUAUGUGUUGGAUGAUGGCGAGCCCUCCGCUUUCAGGGUGGUGGCUUGGAUAAAGCUGCUGAAGAGUUGGGCCUGCCCACGCUGGUCGGACUUGCAAGUUAUUAAGCCCGCGGAGCUACGGCUGACUGAAGGCCGGCUAUCAACGAUAUUGCGGAAGACCAAGACCUCCAGGCCCAACAUUCGGAUCAAGGGUGAUUUCGCGGGCUUCGAGAAGAAGAUGGCAAGCUACGGAGAUGCUAUGGUGGCCUCCGGGGCCCUGCUAUCUCGGCUACAGCUACUGGGCAUGGUCCAAGACUUUUGGACUCUGAAAGGAGCGUCUACCAACAACUUUGUCGAUAAUCGGGGUCCAGGCCCCCGAAGCGCGAGGGUUCCGAUAUGA